UACAUUUCCGUAAUUCUUAAUUUUUUGUAUUUUAUUGUAUGAAAAAAGAUCGAAUUGAAUGGGUGGUAAAAGUUUUUAUUGCGACUAUUGUUGCUGUUUUCUUAAGAAUGAUGUAAAUGUGCGCAAAACGCACAACUCGGGAUUAACUCAUAAUAUGGCAAAAUUGCGUUUUAUGAGACGAUUCGAAGACCCUAAAAAAGUGCUGGAACAGGAACUUAAUAAGGAGCCUUGCACACGUUACUUAAACGGCAAAUAUUGCAAAUUCGAUUUGAUGUGCAAGUCGACACAUUACAAUAAAGAGCAGCUAGAGCAAUUGCGAAAAAUUGUGAAGCGUUUGGAAAAAGUUCAAAGGUCCAAAGGAAAUGGCAAACUGAAAAAUGUGCAAAAAAUAAUGCUUCCAUGGUAUAGAUAUAAUGAAAAAAGUAAUAAAACAAUGAAAAUCAGACCCCUACCAGAAUCUCUGAAACCUAUAAACUUUGAUCGAAUAAAUGAUGAUUGCCUCACACUUGAAUGGGGUUAAAAAUGUCAAAAAAAUAAAUUUUGUCAAAUAGUUUAAAUAUUUGCAAUUUUUCAAUAAUAAAUUACUAUAACAC